AUGGCCCCCAUUGCCACUGCUGAACCAGCUCAGGACGUCGCUGCAAGUGCAGCAGCCAAGCUGAGUCAGCUCGGUCUGGACGAUCCCAAGUACCGUCAGUACUCACAAUUCGAACAUCAUGAUAAGUCCUACUUGAAGUCGGACGAUGGCUACAAAUACAACGACUUCAAGCCAACGUUUCCCAACAAAGACUGGGCCGCGCUCGAGCCACACACACCUGCUCGCGACCGUGGACUGUUCGCUGACAAGGAGAAGAAGGCCUUGCUUGGCGCUGCCAAGGAAGUACGCAAUGUCACAAAGACCAUUGGCACCGAACUCGUCGGUGUUAAGCUCAACUCCUUGAACGACCAGCAAAAGGACGAGCUUGCUUUGCUCAUCGCCGAGCGAGGCGUGGUCUUCUUCCGCGACCAGGAGGACUGGACCAUCGAGCAGCAACUCGAGUUCGGCCGCUACUACGGCAAGCUUCACAAGCAUGCCACCACUGGUGUGCCUGCUCGUGGAGACCUCGACGAGGUCCACGUGGUUUACAGUCACCCAGACGACAACAAGAGCGAGAAGGUCUACAGCGGCGUGAGUGCUCCCCAGCGACGAAAGCGAGCUACCCCCUUCCAAAAUCUAACGUCGAAUGUACUCGAUGUGUGACCUCGUAGCCACUGUCGCACUCCACUGAAAGACUUUGGCACAGCGAUGUCACGUACGAGCUCAACCCACCUUCAUACACCAGCUUCAAACUGUACAGCUCUCCCGAGGCUGGCGGUGACACUUUGUGGUCUAAUCAAUAUGCAGCGUACGACAGGCUGUCGUACCCUAUGCGCCAGUACCUGGAGCAGCUGUCCGCAGUCCACUCUGCCGUCGAGCAGGCGGAAGGUGCGAAGAAGGGCGGCAACUACGUCCGUCGCGAGCCAAUCCAGACCACUCAUCCUCUCGUUCGCGUCCACCCCGUAACUGGCUGGAAGUCCCUGUUCUUCAACGCUGGAUUUGUGCGCUACAUCGCCGGCGUGCCCCAAGCCGAGUCCGAAUGGUUGGUCGCUUUCUUGACUCGUCACGUGGCGACCGCGUCAGACUUUAUGGUGCGCUUCAAGUACAACGAGAACGACGUUGCUUUCUGGGACAACCGCGUUUGCGACCACAGUGCCGUCUUUGAGGACAUCAACGUCAGUCGCCGUCAUGCGCUUCGCGUCGCUGCGACCGGAGAGCAGCCCAUUCCUGUCUCCCAAUUCCCCCACGCAAAGUCUCGCGAGGAGGAGAUCUAUAGGGCUAGAGGUUACAAGAUUCAACCGUCUCUCAGCGCAGUCCAGGCUGUUGGUUACAAAGACUGA